AUGGCCCCACAACUCCUCGGCCCGCCUCCCGUGGUGCACUCUGAGGGACCGUUCCCUGCGCUGAAGGGGCGCAGCGCGUUGAAACAGUCCUCGGGUCGGGAUGCAUCUCCCAGCCACCGGGGAAAGCACUACCCUGCGCUAACUCCCAGAUCACAUCCAGGGAGAGCAGCCGGCAACCCCCGCGGGAAUGGAGGGAGGCUGUGCCCCCCAGGUAGGGACCUCGGAGUCCCGGUACCCGAAGUCCAGGGAAGCCGCGACUUUGGGCAGAACCAUUCUCCGGAGGUGGAGAGGAGAGUAGAAACCCUGCACUCGGAGCCAAGCCCAUGGAACCGGCCGGAACCGCCAUUCGACUCUCUCCUUGUUCUGAUUUUUUGCGCUCUGCUCCGUCACCUCCGUCCCCUCGCGCGCGACUCCCAGUCCCGGGCACCACUGGUUGCUCCCUGGCUGCCCCCUCCCGCGCGUGGUACGGGCCGGCGGGCGCGCACUCCAGGCGCAGGUUAUAAAGGCGGGGCUGCCGCAGCAGACUGCGGACUCAAGUUGCGCCCGAAAGAGCCCGGGCAGGGCCUCGUGGGGCACCGCUUCAGAACCCGGGCUCCAGCGGGAGUCACCCCCGCACCCCCACCCACAACCCAUUCCUCUCCAGAGCCCUCAGCGCAGCCUGCACCCGCCCCUGCGCAGGCACUGACGGAAGGACCGCGAACGGGAUCCAGAUCCCCAUCCGUCUCGAUACCCGCCCCCGCCGGAGCUGGCCCGACCUCCAAGGCUGGAUCCCCGACAGGAACACCGCGCGCGUCCGCAUUCGCAGCCGCCCAGCGGAAUGCCCAGUUUGGGCCCGGCAACUCGGACGCGCAGUAGACUCGCUUCAUAUUCCGAGGGCCCUUUGGUCCCCGGGCCACUGGCCUGGGGACUGAGAAGGCGGCGGGCAUCUGGAAGACGCCGGCCGCCUACAUCGGACAGCGGCCUGGGAUGUCGGGCCCCGAGCACGCCGCCUUUAUUCGGGACCUGGAGGAAGCGCUGUGCCCUGACCAACCCCCGCCAGCCGAGAUCACCCAAGAAGAUGUCAAAGUGAUGUUAAAUUUGCUAGAGAAGCUGUGUACUGCUUUCCCUUAUUCCCCGUGGAUGGGGGUCCCUCUGCAGACAGAGCGGGACCUAAAUACUGCGGCUCGCAUUGGCCAGUCCCUGGUGAGACAGAACAGUGUUCUGAUGGGGGAGCACAGCAAACUGGAAGCCAUGCUGGGCUCAGCCAGGGAGGACGUAACCGGGCAGGGAGGAGGGGAGGGAGCGUGCCAUCUCAGACCUACCUACAGCACCCCCACCCCGCCCCGUGCCUGGACCUGUGCUCGCCCCCGCCUGCGUUCCGACAGGGCCCCUCUCCCCCACUGCCAGAUUUUACACCUCAGAUACCAGGUGAGCUUGAGAGAUGACCUCCUUCAGCUCUACUCAGACUGUGAGGAGGAGGAGGAGGAAGAAGAGGAGGAGGAGCCGGAGGAGGAAGAGCAGCCGCACUAUCAUUCCUAUGGAGCCCCUGAGCCGACUUGUCUGCGGCAGACGGAGGUCCUGCACGACUGGCCGCAGCUGGAAGCCCUGCAGGAGCAGCUGAGGGAGGAGGAAGAAGGGGCCUGGAAGCAAGGAAGGGAAGAAGCCGGGAGCUGCCAGAGACCAGGCGCUGAGGCACCGGGGCCAGGCCAGGGGCUGUGCUGCUACUGUGUGUUUAUGAAGAAGAGGGAGGCACGGAAAGGAGACCAAGUGAGGAAGGUGAAUCCUGCAAAGACGGACCUCCCCCCCCCCCCCCCCCAACACACAGGAGCUGAGGGGCGGGGUAGACAGAGGCAGUGGGAGGGCCAGACUGGUCCCCGAAGGCCAAGGGGAUCGGAGCCGACCUUCUGUCCCCGCUUGUCGCCAGCCGAGGCCAGCCAGCAGAUGGCUGAGCUGUCAGAGGUGCUGGCGCUCAGGAGGGAGGCCCAGGACCAGUAGCAGAGGGAGGUCACCCAGCUGCGGGCCCAGGUCCUGAAGCUGCAGCAACGCUGCCAGUCGCUGCAGGACCUAUGGGAGAAGUACACGGAGCGUGGGGGCAUGCUGACCCAGGCUCAGGAGGAGGUGAAGACCCUCCGCCAGCAAGCGCCGGGGUCCACUGACCCUGUCACCCGCUACACACACGCCGUACCUCUGGAGGCCCUUCCUGGUUUUCAGGAGGCCCUGGGUGAGGAGCUCAGAAGGUCUAUAAGGAUUAUCUCGGACCCUGUGUUUUUUAUGGAAAGGACUUUUUCACAUGUUGGGGCCCGCAGGGACUUUGCGGUUUCAGCUAAUGUUGCCUUGGGACAGUGCAAGCCCUUUUCUCUGUUGAAGGAAUCAUGGGAAGACGGAGGAGGAGGAGAUGUCACAGCUGGGGCUGUUCCAGGUGGGGACCGAAGCCUUUCCUUCACCUUGACAGAGGCGGAGAGUGAAGGAGCACUGGCCUGGGAGCUGGAAACAUUUGGGACCGCGUCCCAACUUGGUCCCUUUAUUGGCUAUGUGUCCUUGGCCAAUGGCUUGAACUGUCUGAGCCUUACUAAAACGGAUUUGUUCCUAUGGCAACUAGCUGUGGGAUGGGCUGUAAAGGUUAAAUCAUGGAGGGGAGCAGAAGGAAUAUUAUUAUCCUUGCCGGUCUGUUCUGUGCAGCAGGGUGGGGGAUACAGGCUGUGCCGCAGUGAGGUGCGAGAGCAGGACCGGGGCUUAGAGGCUGAGAAGGGGUUACUGACAGCAGAGGAUUUUGUGGCGGAAGAUUUUGUGCCUGUGGAGGAAUUGGUGCCUGAGGAGGAACGGGGGGGGGGGGGGGAGGGGGGCACAGAAGAGGUGGCGUCAGCUGAGGAGGGGGCAACAGAAGAGGCAGAGCUGGUGUCUGAGGAGGCCGAGGCCUGGGAGGAGGUGGAGCCGGAGCUGGAUGAAGCAACGCAGGGGAACGUAGGGACCUCAGCGCUGGAGGCUAGCGGCUUGGGCCCCUCUCGCCUAAACAUGAAGCGCGUCCUCCAGCAACUGGCUAACUGGCUGGAUGCGCGUUAUAGUCGGCAGUUGAGGCUGAAGAUGCUCCAGAAAGGUGAGUGCUCCCACAGGGGCCUCCCUCCGGCCAGCCAGACCAGCUACAGAUCAUCAGUGAAAGGUGAGGGUAGGUGAGCCCCCCAAAUGCUCACUUACCCCAGCUUGGCCUCACCCAGUGUGAUGAUUUGCAUGGAAUUUGCAUAUCAUUUGCAUAGGCACCUCCAGGUUCCUUCAGUGGGAACUAUGGCCCCAGGGCUCAUUUAUGUGGAAUUUGCUUAGGAUUCCAGAUCUCUACCCCUUUUUCGCCUGGGGGUCCGGGCUGAAGGUCAUGACCAGGACUGCAGCCCCCUACUGUGCCUCUGCUUCCCGUCUCUGCUGCCCCCUUCUCCCUGUCUCCCACUCUGCCACCCGAUCCCCGAGGCUCCCCAGCCCUGCAGUAGUGACAGCAACAGGUACAGGGAGCGGAUCAGAGCAGCAGCCCGGGGUGCUGACCCAGCCGUUUCAGAGGCUGGAGGAGGACUGGGCCAACCAUCCUCCCAGGGCCUGGGAAGAAGAGGGGUGUUCUGGGGCCACCCAGGCCACUGGGACAAAGGCCUCUGCCAGCAAGGGUCGCAGCUGGACCAGCCCCCUGGGCUUUGCUGGUUCCCAGCAGCCUUCAGAGGCCCCACAGACAGCCUGAGGCCCCUCCUUCAGCUGCUUGGCCAAGUCCCACCUACCCCAGACCCUCCUUCCCAUCCUCCCAAACAGGACCCCCCUGUCUGUCACCGGCCUGCCUUCUGUCCCCAUGAACCUGGGCUGGGGCUUGAGGACCCAAGCCUCGACCCUUUGCAGGGGAUGGGGGUGCCUGAGGGGAGGUCUGUCUGCUGCCAGACCUGGCUUUGAGCUGGGGGUGGGGCUCAGACACUGGUGUAGGAAGGUGUUCUGACUACCUUUCUAACGACAGGCCCUUGACCCUCAAGUUAAAGGUGGCCCCUGAGUCCUUGCUGACUUUUAGGGACCUGGCCUUCUUCCUCCAUUCUUGGUCCUUUCUUCUCAGUCCCUAACUACUGUUGGUAACCAAGAGUAUCUCUGUGUGUGGGUGAGGGGUCCCUCCGCCCACUGGGGGCCUCCUCCCGCCCCGCCCCCAUCUCCCUGCCUGUGGCCCAUGUGUCCAGGCUCCCUGCCCAUUGCUCCUUCCCCCCGGUCCUCCCCUCAGUCCUCUGUGCCUCUCCUUUCUUCAUUCUAGAUGUUCUGCCCUCUCCCACUCUUUACUCCUAAACAGCUGGAGUCUGGGGCUCCCCCACCUCCUGCCCACUUCAGUCUGGCUCUGUUCCUGCUGUGUUGCUCACUCUCCUGUUGCUUGUCAGCCUGUGCACCUGCUGGUGCAGGAAAUAAAGGACCUGUGGACUACCUGG